AUGGAUUCGACAGAAGCCGGCUGCGAAAUAGCAGCGAAUGCGGAUGUCAGCGGCGUUGGUAUCAGAGUAUCGAUAUACGCACUGUGCCUCACCGGAAAGCUCUUCAGCUACCUGGUCAAGAUCCUCGUGCGCGAGCGGGCCAACUCGGAAGACUUCUCCCGGAGCACUGUCGCCGCGCUCAGCCUGCAGGGCCUGUCGCUGCUGUGCACGGCCGUCGUGCAGACCUUUCAGGGCCAGCUCACGCUCUUCCACGCCGUCGUCGUGUUGCACAUGCUGGCCCUGCUGGGCAUAAACCUGGCCUCUCGCGGCCUGUACCGCGGUAACGAGAUGGCGCGCCACGUCGUCGACGCCGUCAUCAUCGCUGCCGCCGUCGUAGUCUUUGUCGCCUUCAACAUCUACGUCUGGGUCAACGCCCCGAGCUUCGGCCCACAGCCAGAGUGUAACGCCUUCACCGUGUACGUCGUCUUUGGCGUCAGGGUCCGCGCCGUCGACCCCGUCUUUCGCUACGUCGCCCUGGCCACGCUCGCCGUGGGGCCGGGUGCCUUUGUCAUGCUCCUCAUACUGGGCAUUCCCUCGUUGGGCCUGGCGCUUUGCUGCAGGGCGAGUCGGCGGCGCGCGGGUGACGGGUCAGGUGUGGGAAUUCAUCGAAAUAGGAAUGGGAUCUCAUGCUUGAGCGGUCACUGCAGCAUUGCCUGGACCGAACCGAACUCGGGGGCGGCUUCGAACAUGGACGCUGGGGAAGACGAUUAUGUAUCAGAGUUUUUACGCGUCGUGGCGUAUUUGGCCUUCUCCAUCUAUGCCAUCGUGUCCCUGGAGCAAAUGAUCAAUGCCAACAAGGUGGCUGCCGAGGAGAGCGAGUGGACUUUUGGCCAGGUAAUCGCCAUUUUUUUACUAGCCGGCACUCUCUACGAGCUUCUCGGCGUUCUCAUCUCCAACUAUGGAAGCAAGCAGCGCCAAGCUGCAAAUCCAGUCGGUAUUUCCCUAGGUUCAGUUCACUGA